AUGCUCAAAUCAACUAUAAUGGUUUCAUUAGUAUUAUAUUUCUUUGUUACAUAUAUUCAUGGAAAUCCAAUUAGUAUACAUGAAAAUUCAUCAUCACCAACAACAAUAUUUAUUAAACCUAAAGCAAAUGUAAUGCGUCGUCUUAAUCCACUUAAAUUAUUUUUUACUGUGGCUUAUACACCAACACAAGAACCACCUUAUUCAAUUGAAUGGAAUUUAUCACUUUUAAAAACUAUGUUACUUGAAAGUAAUCAUGUUAGUAAUGAUGAUAAAGCAUUAUUUCUUAUGAAAUUUAGCAAUAUUGAAAAUGAUUAUGCAGAUUGGUCAUUUGAAAAACAUGAUGAAUUAGAAAGAUUUACUGAAAAAUAUUUUAAUUUAUAUAAAUCACCAGAUUUAUUUUUACCAUUUCGUGAUUGUUCUGCUUUAACAUAUGCUCUAACAGAAGAAAUGCUCAAUGAUCUACAAUUGAAUGUAAAUGAUGAAAAACGUUCAAAAAUUCGAGCUAAAGCAGUUCAACGUUUAUGUGACUCAGAAUAG